AGUGAUUUUCUUCAACUCUUUCAUUUUCCCCAUUUUCUUAACUCUCUCUGUUACCAAGUUUUUGUCAGUGGAAAAUAUUCAUGGUUGGUUGAGUGUCACUAUAAAGGAGCGUAUCCUCCAUCUUCCCCUUUCCUACAAAAACCCUUCAUUUUUCUCCUCUUCCUCAUCAACCCCCUCCCCCUUUCUCUCUCGCUCUCUCUGCUUCAACAAUGUCAGAAGAAAGCACCUGCAGUAACUCUUCUUCUUUUCCCACUGCUGCCGCUGCUACUACCACCACAGACACUUCUUCUAGCAACUCCAAAGCUCAAGAUGUUGUAGCUAGAAAACCAAAAAGAGCAAGAGAUAGCAAGCACCCUGUCUACAGAGGUGUUAGGAUGAGAAGCUGGGGUAAAUGGGUAUCUGAAAUCCGUGAACCCCGUAAAAAAUCACGUAUUUGGCUUGGAACUUUCUCUACGGCUGAAAUGGCGGCGCGUGCCCAUGAUGUCGCCGCCAUGAGCAUUAAAGGUAAUACAGCAAUUCUAAAUUUCCCUGAACUAGUUGAUUCACUGCCUCGUCCUGUCUCGUUAAUGCCUCGAGACAUUCAGGCAGCUGCUGCUAAAGCUGCUUCAAUGGUCGAGUUCAACUCGUUAACAUCGUCAUCCCCAUCCCCAUCUUCAUCUUCUUCGUCUUCUUCAUUGUCAUCGGUGUUAUCAGAAUCAUCAUCCUCGGUGUCAGAAUCCGAGGAAUUAAGCGAAAUCGUGGAGUUGCCAAAUAUAGAAGGGAGUUUUGACUCGGCCAAACCGCAGACUGAGUUUAUAUUGUUCGAGUCGGUGGACGGGUGGGUUUAUCCACCAGAAGACAUGUAUGGAGAAUUCUCCGAUCAGUGGUUGGGAUUGGAGAGAUUGAUUUCCAGCAACUUUGGAGCUUCAGUUUGGAAUUAGAGGCUAAAUUGGUUCAAUUAGAAGAAGGCAUAUUAACCAAAUACGGAAGCAUUGUGGUGGCGCAAUCACGGUCGCCGUCACCAGUCACCACUUUGAAGCAAAUUGCAAAAUGUACCGUUGGGAGGAUCGCAUGACAUAAGCAGAAUGUACCGUUGCAAAGCAUUUCUUUUUUUUUAAUUUUUAAAAUUUCAUUGACUUGGUACAUGACAUACGUAGACGCUUUAUGCGACAAAUUCAAGUUUGAUAAUUUUUUUUAAAAUACUAUAAAAGAAAAAAAAAUCAUGUGGAUUAUGUAAUGGAAAACGAAUUAAUCCGUUGAUUACCCAAAUUCUAUUUGCAACUUUGGAAUUCAA